CAUUCUUGUAUUAUGUUUUAAAAGAAUAUUAACAUUAAACAAAAAAACAUGGAUGCAAGGACUAGUUUUGGAAUAAAGAGUGAAGAUUAUAAACAUUACUGGACUCAAAUUCAUGAACGACAAAUACAAUUUGACUCAAGAAUGUCCCAUUACCCUCUCAAUUUACCAUUCUACCCUUUCUUUUCUUCUCACUCAUAGCACAACUAAAUUAAAAAAUAAUGACUGUAAAAUCCCUUAAAAUUUAAAAAUGAUUGUAAACACCCCCAACAGCUGUCUGAAUUCGGUAAUUAAACUGAAAAGAUCGGGGUGGAAAUUAAUUAAGGAAUAUUUGGAGGACGUCUAAAAUAAUUCUUAACUAAACAAACGCCUAUAAAAACUGACUCCCGCUACUUCUGGUUCUCUCGUCGUUAGAUUUCGCAAAAGUCACACAGCUGUGCCUUACGUUCUCGAAUGGAUUCCUCAACUCGCUGCUCCGUCAUCAUCAUCGGCGCCGGCGUCUCUGGCAUUUCGGCGGCCAAAACGUUAGCGGAAAAUGGAAUAGAGGAUAUAGUAAUUCUAGAAGCAUCCGACAGGAUUGGCGGGCGUGUCCGGAACGAGAAUUUCGGAGGCGUGUCUGUGGAGCUCGGCGCGGGUUGGAUCGUUGGAGUCGGCGGAAAGGAGUCUAACCCGGUCUGGGAACUCGCCACACAAUCUGGGCUCCGAACUUGCUUCUCGGAUUAUAGCAAUGCCCGAUAUAAUAUCUACGAUCGAAGUGGGAAAAUAUUUCCGACUGGAGUUGCGGCGGACUCGUACAAGAAAGCGGUGGACUCAGCGAUUCAGAAGCUGAAGAGUUUAGAGGCCAAUGUGAAUGACAUCAUCAAAGCCACUGCAGAGCCGUCAUCUUCUCCCAAGAAGCCGAUAGAGCUUGCCAUUGACUUCAUUCUACACGAUUUUGAGAUGGCUGAAGUGGAGCCAAUAUCUACUUAUGUAGAUUUUGGGGAGAGGGAGUUUUUGGUCGCAGAUGAAAGAGGGUAUGGUUAUUUGCUAUACCAAAUGGCUGAAGAAUUUCUAUGUAUCUCUGAUGGUAAAAUCUUGGACAGUCGUCUCAAGCUCAACAAGGUUGUGCGGGAAUUACAGCACUCGAGAAGUGGCGUAACAGUAAAAACAGAGGAUGGUUGCGUUUACGAAGCUAAUUACGUGAUUUUGUCUGUUAGUAUUGGAGUUUUACAGAGUGAUCUCAUUUCCUUUAGGCCUCCCUUGCCUAGGUGGAAAAUGGAGGCCAUAGAGAAGUGUGAUGUGAUGGUGUACACAAAGAUCUUCCUAAAGUUUCCUUAUAUGUUCUGGCCAUGUGGCCCUGGAAAAGAGUUCUUCAUCUAUGCCCAUGAGAGGAGAGGCUACUACACGUUUUGGCAGCACAUGGAGAAUGCAUACCCUGGUUCCAAUAUCCUUGUUGUAACUUUGACAAAUGGGGAGUCAAAACGAGUUGAAGCUCAAUCGGAUGAAGACACGUUGAAGGAGGCCAUGGGGGUACUAAGAGACAUGUUUGGACCUAACAUACCUAAUGCUAUUGAUAUACUUGUGCCUCAUUGGUGGAACAACAGAUUCCAACGUGGAAGCUACAGUAACUAUCCAAUCAUCUCCAAUAACCAAGUUGUUAAUAGUAUAAAGGCCCCAGUAGGAAGAGUUUUCUUUACUGGCGAACAUACAAGUGAGAGAUUCAACGGCUAUGUUCAUGGUGCAUACCUUGCAGGUAUAGACACAAGUAAAACACUACUAGAAACAAUAAAGGAGGAAAGAAAUAGUGAUAGUAAUAACUAUUUGCUGGAACCCUUGUUAGCAUUGACUUUGACACAGACAGAAGCAGUGUCAGGUCUUCACAAAUGUGAUAUUCCCUCGCAAUUGUAUCUUAGUGGAAAGCUUGGCAUUCCAGAGGCGAUAUUAUGACUAAAUGGACCACAUUUUGAUGAUGAAAAUAUGAGCAAUGUGAUUGAGGGCCAUAUGGAUUUGGUUCCAGAGAUCAACCCAUUGAAGCCAUGUACAAAAAAAGCCAGCAGCAUGAUGAGGCUUGAAUUGCAAGAAAAUGAGGAAAGUGUAAGGCAUAACAAGGGAAGCAUGGAUUUAUCCUCAAAAGUGCAGCUGCUGCAUCAUUGAAGAUCAGAGGGUGCCUGGUUUUAGAAUUGAAGGGAAAUUUUUUGGCAUACAUAGCAUACAAAUUAUAACAGUUAACAUUACCAUAAUCAUGAAGCUGCCUCUGCAUGUUUUGGUUGGUAUAUCAUACUAUAUUGUCAUAUUUGUAUUCUUGCAUUCCACUGAUAUUGAAGGAAAACAACAAAACAACCAAUCUAAUACAUGAGUAAAUUAUUUCAGAAA